AUGGAUUCCACUACUGCGACCGCAAAACGACCCCUGAAACAGGAGGCUUCGACAGCAAACAAGGCCUAUCUGAUCUUCUACAACUUCAUCUCAGCUGUGCAAUGGUCUGUUGUGCUCGGCCGCACCGCCAUGCUUGCCAGUGCCUACGGGCCUGAGCACGUAUAUCCUAAUAUUGGCCAAUAUACAAAAUGGACACAGACUUUGGCUGGGUUGGAGAUCCUGCAUUCGAUGCUUGGCGUCGUUCGCGCUUCCUUUGUCACCACUCUUAUGCAGGUCGCCUCGCGUUUCCUGCUCGUCUGGGCCAUCGUCGACGUCUUUCCCUUCCUCGCCCUCUCGCCCUUUUAUUCGUCCAUGCUCAUCGCUUGGUCCGUCACCGAGAUUAUCCGCUAUUCCUUCUUCGCUCUCUCGCUGUCCGGCUACCAGCCCAAGUUUCUUACUUGGUUGCGUUACAACACUUUCUUUGUGCUCUACCCCAUUGGUAUCUUCAGUGAAUGCACCCUCAUCUGGUUCGCCACUGAGCCUGCGGGCAACAUCAACGAGCUCUACAAGUGGGCACUUUACGCCAUCUUGGUUAUCUAUGUUCCUGGAUCUUACGUCUUGUACACACAUUUGAUGAGCCAGAGGCGCAAGGUCAUGCGAAAUCUGAAAGCCCAUGGUCAGAAGGCUCAAUAA